AUGGGUUCCGUCGUCCUGCCGCAUUUGCGUACCGCUUGGCACGUCGACCAGGCCAUUCUCUCUGAAGAAGAACGACUCGUAGUCAUUCGAUUUGGCCGCGACCAUGAUGUCGACUGCAUGCGCCAAGAUGAAGUUCUCUUCAAAAUCGCUGAGCGGGUCAAAAAUUUCGCCGUGAUUUACCUCUGCGACAUUGACGAGGUCCCUGAGUUCAACACCAUGUACGAACUCUUCGAUCCAAUGACCAUCAUGUUUUUCUAUAGAAACAAACACAUGAUGUGUGAUUUUGGUACCGGUAACAAUAACAAAUUGAACUGGGUGCUCGAGGAUAAGCAAGAAUUGAUCGAUAUUCUUGAGACGAUCUACAAGGGUGCCAAGAAGGGACGAGGUCUCGUGGUUAGCCCGAAGGAUUACUCGACGAGGUACCGGUACUGA